AUGUCUACGCAUGCAGAACCCCCACCGAGAAGACAAGAAAACCAGGCGAGUGAGCCCGCAUCAACUCCAGCAGCAGAACGGGAAGCGGCGCGGCGACCGUCAGAGCCGUCAACCUUUACACCAGCACCAGUAACGGCAACGGCAUCAACCCGCCGUGCAAGCCGAAGGGGCGCACCGCGUCGGUUUCGAUGUGAUGUCGAGGGCUGCGGCAAGCUAUACACGCGCGCAGAGCAUCUUCAGCGCCAUCAGCUAAACCACAAUCCGCGCGAGAUCUUUGAAUGUGACGAAGACGGAUGUUCUCACUGCUUUGUGCGCGCCGACCUGUUGGCCCGCCACAAAAAUAGACACCAUUCCUACUCAUAUGUGCCCAGACACCGCGGCGCAGCUCGGAGCUCAACUUCUUCUUCCAACGCAGUCCCACGGCCAGAGUCAGAUGGACAAGCUUGUGCCGGUGCUUCAGUGCAAUCAAUCGUCUCAGCCACCACCGCUGCCGCCGCCGAUGGGGGAGCCCGGCCUGGAGGUUUGCACGAUGGACAGCCUUCGCCGCGGGUCCCUCACGAUGCUGUCCUGAUGACGCCCGAGCCGAGUGUUGGCCAAAUCUCAGGUGCUGGCGCUACUAUUCACGCACCACCAGGCUGGUCAUCACCCAUGGUAGAGGCCAUCAGCACCGCAGCCACCAACAAUAACAAUAACAACAGCAACAACAACGACACCAGCAACCCUCAUGACCUACUGCCGCGCAAGACCAUGUUUUAUGGCCACGUACAAGGCCUAGCCGAGCAAACAGUGGCGCCCGUCGUGCCAUGGGGGUUCCCACCCGAAGAUACACGGAUCCGUGAUAAUUUUGCCACCUGGUUGUUUGAUACCCAGGGCCACUACAACGACAUCAACGUUGCCAACGUUCCAUUUCUCGAGGGUGGCCUGGAGUCGCCUUUCAACACAAACAUCCUUUACGACUACGAAUCUCUAACAAGCAGGUCGCAACUAGAGACGCCUCCACGACAGACAGAUACCGAAGAGCAGCUAUCCGACUACCGUCGACAGGAAAUACUCCGCUGGUUUAAGGCCUUCCGCCUCAAAUAUCCAAAGCUCGAACCCCUAGUCUCCAACUUGGUAUCGACUGGAAACAACCCGGACCACCCGCCGGCACUCAACCUCGAGAUGAUGCGCGACUGCCUACGCGAGUAUUGGGAACACGUCUCGUCGCGACUGCCCAUCAUUCAUGAGCCUACGUUCUCUUGCAACCGCUGCUCGAUGCUCCUGCUGCUCGUCAUGAUUGCACUCGGCGCCGCCUCGCUGCGCAACCGGGACGCAAGCGGUGCUCUGGCUGAUUAUGGCGGCUUUGCAGAUGUCAUCAUCUGGGGUUUGCGCUGGGAGAUUGUCACGGCCGAGGAGGCCACCCCGCCCGUCAGCCUGGCCGUUGCUCAGGCGCUUCUUCUGCUCGAGUUCCACGAGAAGAUGUACAGCUCCCGCCGCCUGCACGAACGCGCUCACAUCUAUCACUCUUCGACACUCACCCUUCUCAGGCGCGGAAGCCCGCUAAUCGGGCGAUCAGGGAGCGAGACCCCACCAGAGCAGCAUCAGUACGGUAGCGGGGCCGCCCUCAGCAGCAACAACCAAACCACGGACUCUCAAACAUGGUGGACGAAGUGGGCGGAAACAGAAUCUAUGCACCGAGUUGUCUACGCCGCCUUCAUGAUGGAUGUAGUGCAUGCCGCAAUGUUCGGGCACGCGGCCGACAUGGCACCACACGAGAUUCGACUCCCGCUUCCCUGCGACGACCAGCUCUGGACGGCGGCGAACGCCGAGUCUAUGCGCGAAAAGGACGCAAACCUACGCAUGUACGGGCUUCGGCCCAUAUCUUUCCUCGACGGGCUCAAGCGCGCUGUCCACGCCAACGAGGUCCAUACACACAGCUUCGGCAGGAUGGUCAUCAUGUGCGGCUUGCUCAGCGUCGGUUGGCACCUGAGCCGAAGGGAGCCGCACCUCAAGUGGCUCGACCUCACAACGCCUGGUAGCAGCGAGGCAAGGGACGGGUGGAGAAAGACACUGCUGGGUGCUUUUGACGAGUGGAAGCGGAGUUUUGACUGCGCUCAGAACGAGGCGGGGGGUGGUAAGGCCAACGACACCAACAACGGGCCCAUCCAGAGCGCAGCGGUACUAUACCGCCUCGCACACAUCAGUCUUCACGUCGAUAUUGUCGACUGCCAAGUGUAUGCCGGGGCGAAGCAACUGUUAGGCAGGAAGGUGUCGACGCGGGACUAUGUCAACGUCGUGGCACGCAUGAAGGCGUGGGCGGGUCUCUCGGCAACGAGGCACGCGGUUCUGCACGCCUUCAAGCUGCUGUACCAGGUCCUGGUUGACCAGAGGCAGCCUUUGGUCGCGGGGAGCGACCUGCUGUCGGUUUCGUCUUCGCCUGCGUAUGAGGGCAGCGGCGCCAUUAAUCAAAGCAAUAGGCUGCCGCCGAUCAAGAUUCCAACGUACAGCUGCCGCAGUGAGGAUGAUCCGCACCGACCGUGGGUCAUGUAUUAUGCCACACUGAGCAUCUGGGCGUUUGUGAGGGCGCUACGGAGCCGGGGCGGUGGUAAUGCCAGUGCUGAACAUACGACAACGGCACCAACACCAACACAGCUACAGCCACAUACGGGACUGUUGGGAUCUGGUGGAUUUAAUCCCGUGGCGAACUACAACAGUGUGGUGGCCUACCUGUCCGGAGUGGCGAAGCUGACUGAAUUGAGAGAAGACGUUGCAAUGGGGCUUGGUGAGGGCGUCGGCGACUUGCUGGAUUGUGUGUCGGCGAUCCUAGGCGAGGCGCACUCGGAGCUACUGAGGGAGGCAAGGCUGAGGUUGAAUGCCUGCAAGGGUAUGCAAGCCUGA